AUUGUUCGUUCAUUAGGACUUUUUUUAUGUGUAGUGUGCGUCAAGAGAAUAUUUUUCUCAUCCCCUUCAGAAAUUGGACUUUUUUGCGCACUUUUGAGACGCUUUGGGGCCACUUCAUGUGCUCGCUAUGUAGCACAGGUGCUGUCGGAAUUGGGUAUCCAUAGUUCCGCCUGCAAGCUCACGGAUCGAUAGCGGAAAAGUGGAAAAUAAUUUCUGGUUCAAUGGUGAACUCUUUUGUUGUUGGAGUGUCACCAGAAGAAGAUUUCGUUUCGAGCAGGGCAAGGAAGAAGACGUGUGUUCGUCGUCGUUGCCGUAGGAGAUUCUUGACCAGGAGUGUUGUUUGGGAGUCGAAGCUGCUCUGUUCGGUCAUAUGUAUAUGGUCCUAACCGUAACUGCUGGCACCAGCUGCAGGCAGAUUCGGCUCUAGGGUAAUAUCGCAACAUUGGUACAUUACUGCUAGCACAUAAAAAGGGAAACAGACGGUGGAAGGAAGUGUGCGGAGAAAUAAUUCAAAUCUUAGGGAACCGACAUGAACACACUAAUGGAUGAGGAACGGCGCAAGAGGCUGCUCGCGUUAGAGGAAAAAAUACGAGAUCCGGGGAGCAUUGCAAACAUAGAUUGUCUGCUGGACACGGUGACGGCGUUGGUGGCAGACUGCGAUCACGACAAUGUGAAAAUUAUUAAAAAUAUUGAGACCUACAUUAAACGAUAUAAGGAGCUCGCUCGUGAAGUGAACGAGUUGCGUAUGAAGCCGGAUGAUUUCAUUGCAAUCAAACUGAUUGGAAGAGGAUCGUUUGGAGAAGUCCAGCUGGUUCGACACAAAUCAUCGAAGCAAGUGUACGCAAUGAAACGCCUGUCAAAGUACGAAAUGAUCACCCGUUCCGACACUGCAUUCUUCUGGGAAGAGCGCUACAUUAUGGCCCAUGCCAAUUCGGAAUGGAUUGUUCAGCUACACUUUGCGUUCCAGGAUAGCAAAUAUCUUUACAUGAUAAUGGAUUAUAUGCCCGGUGGAGACAUUGUGAGCUUGAUGAACAUUUACGAAAUUCCAGAAAAGUGGGCCAUCUUCUAUACCAUGGAAGUGGUGUUGGCCUUGGAUACGAUCCACAAUAUGGGUUUCAUCCAUCGGGAUGUGAAGCCAGACAACAUGCUGCUGGACAAGUAUGGGCACUUGAAACUUGCGGAUUUCGGAACGUGUAUGCGUAUGGGACCAGAUGGGCUGGUCCGAUCGUCCAACGCUGUGGGAACGCCGGAUUACAUUAGCCCGGAAGUGCUACAAUUUCAAGGUGCUCAGGGCGGCUACGGGCGGGAAUGUGAUUGGUGGUCGGUGGGAAUCUUCCUCUACGAAAUACUGAUUGGGGACACUCCGUUCUACUCGGAUUCACUGGCAGGCACUUACGGUAAAAUCAUGGAUCAUAAAAACUCUCUUCACUUUCCCGAUGAUGCUCCCAUCAGUGAGAAUGCCAAGUCACUCAUCAAAGGGUUUCUUACCGAUCGAACUCAUCGACUGGGUCGUCACAGUGUGGAUGAGAUCAAAUGUCAUCCGUUCUUUCAAAACGAUGUGUGGACCUUCGAUAACCUGCGUGAGUCAGUUCCUCCGGUGGUUCCCGAGCUAAGCAGUGAUGAUGAUACGAGAAACUUCGAUGAGAUCGAGAAGAAGAAUAGCGCCGAAGCAAACUUUCCCACGCCAACCACUUUCUCCGGUGACCAUUUGCCUUUCAUCGGGUUUACUUACACCGGAGAUUAUCAACUGGUGAGCGGAGGAUCCCAAGACAAUGUGGACCACAAAGGAGCAACGAUGAACUCAUCGCACCGUCAUCAUCAUCAUCAUCGGCAUCGAUCUUCCAACAAUGCCGAACUGAUCAGGCUGGAAAAUAUGCUCCAGCGGGAGCGUAACACAAUCGAGAUGCUGGAGAAGCAAGAACGGACACUGCGGCAACAGAUAGAACUCAUCACCCAACGUGAGACCGACAUUCAGAACUUGGCCAAUACUUACGAGAAGGAGCUCACAAUGUUGAAGCACAAUUUUCGGGAAAUACAGCGGAAGGCUGACAGCGAGCAGGAAACGCGCCGGAAAACGGAAACCAUGCUGCUCGAGACGAAGCAACGCUUGGACGAGGAGAAGAGCAAACGAACGCGCGAGAUGAACAACAACCAGCAGUACAACGACAGGAUCAACAUGCUCGAGAAGCAGCUGGGAGACAUGCAGGAGAAGUAUAAAGUCGAAACUGAGAACAGCCAGAAGAUGAAGAAACAAGUUGCCGAACUGCGACUGUCGAAAACGGAUGUCGAACAAAAGGCCAGCGAUUUGCAGUCGAUGCUGGCAGGGCUGCAAACGGCCCGUGAUGUGCUGCAGCAGGAAGUGGCCGAACUGCAGACGCGGCUAGCGCAGGAACGGAACGCGAGGAUUCAACUUUGCGAGCUGCAGAAAGAGCUCGAGGGCAAAAUUCACUCUUUGGGUGGGGAAUUGGAGCGAUGCGUUACCAGGGAGCAGCAAGUUAUCAAAGACAACCGCAGCUUGACGGAUAAAAUUUCCCAGCUGGAGAAAGACAUCGCUUCGAUUGAGUGCGAGCUGAAAGCGGUCCAAAAUUUGUACCACCAGGAGGUUAAGGCACACCAGGAGACGGAAAAGUCUCGGUUACUUAACAACGAAGAGGCUAACAUGCAGGAGGUCAAAGCGCUACAAACCAAGCUGAACGAGGAGAAAGUGGCGCGACAGAAAGCGGAACAGAACUCACAGGAGAAGGAACGGCAGAUUUCAAUGCUCUCGGUAGACUAUCGCCAGAUACAGCAACGAUUGCAGAAACUUGAAGGCGAAUAUAGACAGGAAUCGGAAAAGGUUGCAGCGUUGCACAGUCAGCUCGAACAAGAGCAAAGUAAAAAGAGUACCCUGCUGUCGGAGUUAAGCUUGCAGAGUUCGGAGGUAGCUCACCUCAAGGCGAAGGAAAUGCAGCUAGUGAAGGAAGUUCAGCAGUUUCGCGAAACGAAGCGCAAAUACGAGGAAGAUAUCGUCAAGAUGAAGAAUGCCCACAAUGUCGACAUUCUCCAGAUGAAAGAGCUUCAAGAUCAGCUGGAGGCCGAACAGUACUUUUCUCGGUUGUAUAAAACUCAAAGUAAUGAGGUGCGCGAAGAGCUGGAGGAUAGAACUCGGCAGAACCAAGAGCUCGAGGAGGAGCGGUGCUCUGUUAUGCACCAGCUGCAACUAGCGAUGGCACGGGCUGACUCGGAAGCGCUGGCUCGUUCAAUAGCGGAGGAGACUGUAGCCGAUUUAGAGAAGGAGAAAACGAUGAAAGAGCUUGAGUUGAAGGAUCUCAUCACCAAGCACAGGAACGAGCUAUCAACCAAAGAAGCGGCCUUGACGUCACUUAAAGAUCUGGAGACCGAGAUGAACAAAAAGUUCAACAACAAGCUGUUCGAGAUUGACGAUCUUACCCAGCAGAAUCGUAAGCUUCAGGAUGAAUUGGGCCAGUUGAAGAGUGAACAGACUGAAAUGGAGAAGUUGCGCACAAAGUUGAAGACGGAAACGAUGCUGAAGCAGCAGGCUGUUAAUAAGCUAGCAGAAAUUAUGAACCGGAAGGAUAACAACCUGACGGGCAAACAGAAGAGCAAGCUGAACUCGACGGCUGACCUGAGGAAGAAGGAAAAGGAAAACAAACGUCUCCAGCAGGAACUAUCCGUGGAACGGGCCAAAUAUGAUGAGUUGUGCCUCAAACAUAACGAAACCAUCAGCCAAUUAUCAAGGGAAAUUGAUAUCAAAACCAAACUUCAGAUGGAGAUUGAGUGCAAGGCAACGGAGAUCGAGCAUUUGCAGAUGAAGCUGAACGAGACGGCUUCGCUUUCGUCCGCCGACAAUGACACCAUCGAAGACAUUCAGGAUGCGAUUUUCGAAGGGUGGCUCAGUGUUCCGAACAAGCAGAACAUCAAGCGAUACGGUUGGAAGAAACAGUUUGUUGUCGUUUCGCCGAAGCGAAUAAUCUUCUACAGCUCCGAAGUGGAUAAGCAGAACACGAGUGAUCCCUUGCUUAUAAUAGAUUUAAGCAAAGUGUUUCAUGUCCGACCCGUUACUCAAGGUGAUGUAAUUCGGGCCGAUCCCAAAGAAAUUCCAAGGAUAUUCCAGCUGCUGUACGCAGGCGAAGGUGAAGCGCGAAGGCCAGACGAGCAGCAACAGCUGGACGUUAGUUCAUCGAAGGCGGACGAAAGACCGCUGACGCUGCAAUACAAAGGUCAUGAAUUCCUUCAAAUAAGUUACCACAUACCAACCACAUGCGACCUGCCAUCAUGCCAAAAGACUCUGUGGCAUGUGUUCAAAUCUCUACCUGCGUAUGAGUGUAAAAGGUGUCGUUUCAAACUGCACAAGGAGCAUGUGGAUAACAACAACCCGCUAGCACCGUGCAAACUGCACCACGAUCCGAACCACGCUCGCGAGAUGUUGCUCCUGGCCUCGUCCAAUGAGGACCAGAAUCGAUGGGUGAGUCGGCUCUCGAAACGUAUCCAGAAGAGUGGAUACAAGGCGAAUUCAACCAACAAUCUUGGUGGCGCAGGUAGCAGUACCGGUAGUAGUAGUAGUGGAAAUGGCGACGGCAGUAAAAUUUCUCCAAGUCAAUCGACACGUUCCAAUUACAAGCCAUACGCGGUGAAUGUGCAACGAUCAGCAACUCUACCAGCGAAUGCGUCCCUCAAGCAGCAGCAGUAGACUUGUCUCUUAGAGAAUUGGGUAUCCCACCAUCAGUUACUACUACUACCAGUCUCUUCAACGAUCGGACACUAACGUAACUUCAAUCACACUCUACCACACCAUAUUUCCAUCAUUACUAUUAUUAAAGUUUAACAAAUAGAGAUCGUGUUGACAAUAACAAUGGGAAACAGGAAAUGCUCACCCUCGACAACAGCAACAACAAAAAAGAUAACAACAGCUCAAACUUCAUCAAAUAACCGCGUAAGUCAAUGGUGAAACCACAAAAGCAAUCGUGUGCUGCGUUGUUUCUAGUAAUUUGUCUUCGGUUUUAAUCUGUGUAUCGGUUUUAACAUGAAUCAUUUGCCUACCCGGAGUACGCUUGCAAGAUGUUGCAGAUGCAGAAACCAUGCUUUAAGACUAAUUCCCUAAGCUUCUUGAUGGCAAAAAAAAACAGCAUCAGCUCUGUCAACUAUAGACAUUCCCGUCGUUAACAGUUAGUUUUUAACGGUUAUCUACUUCCCAGCAGCGACACCACACUGUUUUGAAUUCCUAUUUUGCUAACAUUGACUGAUAUUUUUGUUUGUUUCCGGAACAACGCUGUUUUAUGUCGCCGCGCUUCGUUCUAUGUUUAACUUACUAUUAAAAAAAAAAACAAACAUUAGGGUAUACUGAUCGCGCUGAACGCACCAUAAAUUAUUCGUUUUUAUUAAUAAAAGAUGAGAGAAGAAAUCAACAAGUUAGUAUUUGUUCUAACGGUUUUAUAUUGUAAUGUGAGAAGCAGAGGAUAAAAGAAAACAAGCUUAAUGGAAUUCUAAAUUCCGCACACCUGGUUAACACAAGGAGUUUAGAGAUCGAAUAUCAGCAGGAAAGAGCGGAUUUCCUUCGAAGAAAAAAAAUAUCAGAACCUUAUGUGUGUACUGUAAGGUAGCAUUUAACGAUACAUUUUUUUUUGGACAGAGCUCGUUGAAAUUUGUACAAUGUGAGAGAAAUCGUUAUCGUAUACAUAUAUUUAACAAAUAUUCUUUUUUUUUAUCAGUAACCUUUUAUACAUGUAUAGUAAACAAAUUCCAUUACGAAACAAGUGCCUUUAAAACGUAAUAUAAAUACAUUAUUUUUAUUAGCAAGCAAAAACAUAACAGAAAGGAUUCCAGAACGCGACAAAACAAAAAGGAACAAUCAUACAAGCGAAGCAUUGCGUUCGCUACGAAAAGUAGUAUUGUCUAUUUCAACUGACAGCUCACUUAAUAAAUUUUGUAUAAUAUGA